AGUUCCCUCAGCGCCAUGGCCCGGCAGCCAGGGGCGCGGGCGCGCCGCCGCCCUAAGUGGAGGAGGGAGAGGCCGGGCCCAGCACGAGCAUCCCCCGGCGCCGCCGCCGCCGCCGCCGCACGGCCCAGCCCCGGCCGCGGGGCGCGCAGAGACGGCGGCCGCCCGUUCGCGGGCCCUCGGCCCGGCCUGUCCGCCGCCAGCCGCGCGGGAGCCGCCUCAACAGCCGGGAUGGUGCCGCGGCCUCCCGGGCGCCGCUGCCGCCGCCAUCUUGGGACGCCGGCCGGUCACCUGACCUCCCCGCCCACCUCGGCAGCCACCUUCGCCGCGAGGGCGGGGCCGGGCCGGCGCCGCGAGGCUCUCCGGGACGCGGGCCGCGGGGCGGGCCCGGAGGCGGGGCCUUUCGCCCGAGGCCCCGCCCCUCGCCCCCGGCCCCGCCUCCAUGCCCAUCCCAAGAUGGCGGAGAUCCCCCUGUACUUUGUGGACUUGCAGGAUGACUUAGACGAUUAUGGAUUUGAAGACUAUGGUCCAGAUUGUGACAGCAUGAGGGUAACGGCCUUCUUGGACAUUCCAGGCCAGGAUCACCUGCCUCCACUCACUCGCCUGGAAAAGUAUGCUUUCAGCGAUAACAGCUUCAACCGUCAGAUUAUUGCCAGAGGGCUGCUCGGUAUCUUCCGGGACUUCAGUAACAAUGAAGAAGAUUUCUUAACGGUAAUGGAGAUUGUGGUCAGAUUGUCAGAAGAUGCAGAGCCCACAGUGCGGACUGAGCUGAUGGAACAGAUUCCUCCUGUUGCGCUUUUUUUACAGGAAAACAGAUCCAGUUUUCCACUGCUGUUCUCCGAAUAUCUCAUCCCCAUUGUAGUGAGGUACCUCACAGACCCAAACAAUCAGGUUAGAAAAUCAAGUCAGGAAGUGCUCUUGAUUCUUCUGGAACAAGAUCUAAUUUUCCAGCAUGAUAUUGAAAACAAAGUGUGUCCAAUCCUGCUGGCGCUGUCUGCCCCAGACAGUGAUGAUGAAUAUAAAGCAGAAGCCGUGAACAUAAUCUGCAGACUGGCUUCAGUGCUGAGCAAGAGCACAGUUGAACGCCUGCUGCUUCCCCGAUUCUGUGAAUUGUGUGGUGAUGGGAAACUCUUUCAAGUUCGGAAGGUAUGUGCUGCAAAUUUUGGUGAUAUUUGUCACGCCGUUGGACGAGAAGCCACUGAGAAAUUUUUGAUCCCCAAGUUUUUUGAGCUCUGCUCAGAUAGCGUGUGGGGGAUGCGAAAAGCCUGUGCGGAGUGCUUCACGGCGGUGUCCUACAGCGCGUCCCCCGAGGCCCGCAGAAGCAAGCUCUCGCCUCUCUUCAUCAGACUUAUCAGUGACCCCUGUCGAUGGGUGCGCCAGGCUGCCUUCCAGUCCCUAGGCCCCUUCAUCUCCACUUUUGCAAACCCCUCCAGAGCUGGCCUUUAUAUUCGAGAAAACGGCACCCUGAGCGCCCAACCACUGGUUCAGGACCUGGACUCCGAUUUCACCUCUGGGUCACCCACUGCAGAGAGUCGUGGUGACACUCCCUCAGCCUGUUCAACAAAGCCGGUGCAGAUUGAGCCAGAUCUCCCCAUGGAAGGCACAUCAACGGAGACCAGCAGUUUAUUACAAGUCAAUAGCUCUUCUAAUGGCCUAAUGGAAAACCCAAUGGAAGACUCUGUCUUGGCUGGCGCUGAGUUGACCAGGCUUUCCCCAGAGGCCAGUGCCUUUUCAAAGCUCCAUGAUAUUAACGACCUCCCUAUCAACAGCCACCCUGGACCAGAUUCCUGGGCCUGCCCAGGGAGUCCUGAGGAUGUAUUCAAUAAUUUCCUUUAUUGGCGAAUUCCUCUUCCUGACGUAAGCAAGGACUUAGAGCUGCUUCUGAGCGAGGCUGGGCUGCAAGAAAAAGGCUGCAGCAGACCUGUGACCGUGCGUAACAGCUGUGUGGCCGGGAGCGAGAUUCAGAAAGUCCUUGAUAGUUUGCAGGAGCAUAUGAUGAAUGAUCCGGAUGUUCAAGCUCAAGUUCAGGUAUUAUCAGCUGCACUGAGAGCCGCACAGCUUGACUCUGUGAAUGAGCCCGAGCACAGGCCAACAGAAGGUCUAAAUGAAGUGUCCCUUUCAGAUCCCAGCCCUGCCUCUGACAAUCAGAUGGCUCUGUUGGCUUCAUCAUCACAGAAUGAGCUCUCCGUGGCCAGGAUAUUACAAAGCACAGACCCUGGCGAACCCUACAGUGGAACCAGUGACCAUUUGGAGACUGAACAGAGGCAUGACCCCACCCCACUUGAGGAGAAUAAAUCUAAAUUACAGGAUGUAAUACCUCAGCCCCUGCUGGAGCAGUAUGUGUCGAUGACCGACCCAGCUCGAGCCCAGACUGUCGAUACUGACAUAGCCAAGCACUGUGCCUACAGCCUCCCGGGGGUGGCGCUCACCCUGGGCAGGCAGAACUGGCACUGCCUGAAAGAUACGUAUGCAAUGCUGGCUUCCGACGUGCAGUGGAAGGUACGCCGGACCCUGGCCUUCUCUAUUCAUGAGCUGGCUGUGAUUCUUGGGGAUCAGUUGACAGCAAUUGACCUGGUGCCUAUCUUCAAUGGAUUUUUAAAGGACCUGGAUGAAGUACGGAUAGGAGUUCUUAAACACCUGUAUGAUUUUCUAAAGUUGCUUCAUGAAGACAAGAGGAGAGAAUAUCUUUAUCAGCUUCAAGAAUUUAUAGUGACCGAUAACAGCAGGAAUUGGAGGUUUCGGUAUGAACUAGCAGAACAGCUGAUACUGAUUUUGGAACUCUAUAAUCCCAAUGAUGUUUAUGAUUAUUUAAUGCAUAUUGCCUUAAAGUUGUGUGCAGAUAAAGUUUCUGAAGUGCGGUGGAUCUCCUUCAAACUAGUCGUGGCAAUUCUGCAGAAGUUCUAUUCAAACAGUGCAAGUACGUUGGGGUUAAAUUUCAUCCAUGAACUCGUCAUAAGGUUCCGGCACUGUUCUAAGUGGGUCGGAAGGCAAGCUUUUGCUUUCAUUUGUCAGGGAGUGGUGAGUGAGGAGUGUAUCCCCGUGGACCAGUUUGUUGAACACUUACUCCCUAGCCUUUUAAGCCUUGCGUCGGAUCCUGUGCCAAACGUGAGGGUUCUGCUGGCCAAAGCUCUGAGGCAGACGCUAUUGGAAAAGGCAUAUUUUAGAAAUGCCGGUAACCCUCAUCUUGAAGUCGUUGAAGAGACCGUCUUAGCUUUGCAGUCAGACCAGGACCCAGAUGUUUCCUUUUUUGCCACCCUAGAACCACAGCGGCGGAAUCUUAUGGACACUACUGUGCUAGAAAAACAGAACUAACCUUUCUGCGAUCAGUUAUGAUCUGGGCAUUUCACGCCUGGCACACACUGCUUACCACACAUGGAAGGGGAUGGGCCGAAUGAUGCCUGCUGGGGGAGGAAAGAGUUCUGAAACUUUGAUACCGUGCACUCCAACGCCCUCUUUCCACCUGCAGUCACAGCACUGCACCUGGGAUGGGUGUGGGUUCUGCUCCCCUACCUGCCUGAUCUGGAAGUCUGUGAACAGGGGAAAGAACCAGGUGGCUGACUGGUUGUGGGGGCCUCCAUGGCAAAAGACUGCGUGCGAGCUGUUUGCUCUCUUACAGGCUGUAUUAUUUAAAGCCCUCUCUCCCCCAAAUAAAGUAGUUUAUAGAAACUUUUAAGUCUUUAAUAGACUUGCAUAUUUGGCUUCCCUUAUGCUGUCCAAUAAAAUAUAGUUUAUGGUAUUAUAUUUUAUUUUUAACGGAAAUACUGUACAUAUAUAAAUAACUCUUGACAGGAAGGAAAUAUAUUAAUGUAAUAUUAGCCUCCUAUCAGUGAACAGAACAAAUACAUCAUUUAAAUUUAUGCCCCACUUUUGAGUUGCUGCAAAUAUAGCCCAAUUUGUUUACUUUUGAAAAAUGUGAUAAAGAAAUCUACUAAAGAAUGAUUUAUAGCAACCUUUCUAAUAUUGUACUUUUGUUACAAACUGUACUUGGAACUUUCCUCACACACUCAUCCCUCCCCUGUUGCAGGAACUGUGUUCAUCAAGAUGUGUACUGGCCUUGGAUAGAGGCGUGAGGCAGGCAGAUUCUGCAUUCUUAUGUGGAAAUGUUACUGUACGUUUACGAACUCGGGAGGGAAACUGAUCCUCCAAAUGCUUGGAUAUUGGCUUUAUAUCUAAUGCUUUAGAAUCUUAACAAAAAAGAGCAAACCAUAGUUUUGAUCAGACCAUAUUCUUGCCUGAAAAUACCAGUGAUUUGGGGGGUUAAAUUAUGAUACUCUUCAAAUUGACUUAAGUGCACAGAACUUAAAUUUCAUGCUUUUAAAAUUGAGUAAGAGAAAGAAACUCUAGGAUUUAAACAGGUUUUUCAUUAAUUAAUAAUUCAGGGUUCUAGAAACAUUUGAUGAAUUCUAUAUACAUGUAUGCUCAUGUUAUUUUUCUUGUUUCUGUUUUUAUCUGCUCAAAGGCAAGCAUGAGGGAAGGAAGGAGCAGCCCAUUUGGUGGUGGUGGUGGUGGGGGGUGGUCCAAGAGCCAGCUGCAAAGGGCGUCAGCUGUUUCCAUUCUUCCCUUGGAUCUUUUUCUCAUCUGUCUUUUCUAUCUUUUUUUAAAAUAAAAUUUCUGGAGCUAUAUAUUGAAUUUCCUGGUAUACAGGAUGUUCUCCCCCUCCCUCAACUUCCAUUGAGCUGAUUCUUUAAAAAGAAAGGAAGGAAUCUAUACGGUGCCAAAGAAAAUAAGGCACAUGUGUGAGAAUUUCACAUUGUAAUCCAGUGCAGCCUUUUGGCAAACUUCGGCAAAGAGUGAGUGCAUAAGUUGGAGGCUACUUAUUAAGGAAAAAAAAAUCGGUCCCUCUUGUGUUCAAUACUUGCCUAAACUACAUAGAUGGAGAAUACUGUUUUGCUUCAGUAACAAACAAUUUUUAAUUUUUUUUAUUGCCUAGAGAUUGCGAUUGUCAUAUUGUUACAAUCUGUUGAUCUAGCAGCAAAUAGAAUUAUUCAACUGAAAUCUUGUGUUCUGUGCAGAGCUUAAUUUUCCUUUAAGGAAGAAAAAUUAGUUUCAGUUGGUGUGAUGUGUAGAAUUUGCAUGCUACAUAAACGUGCUCAUAGAGAUUGUAGAGACUCCUUGGUAAAUAAUCUAACCUUUAAAAUUUCAACUUAUACGUUAAAAAUUUUCUAUAAUUUAAUAUGAAUGCCUUUCCAAUGCAAAGAUUUUUUUAUGACUGUAAUUUCUCUGCAAAAAGUAUGUUUAAAGCGCACAUUUUAUGCUUUUUUUGGUGACAACUGAGAUUUUUUAAGAUUGUUCUUGUCCCUUGCCUUCCUCUCCUGUUGCUUCCCCCACCCGUUAGCUCUUUGUGUAUUCAUUGUUUGUGGGGUCUUGUUGAGUGUUUGUGAUUUGACACAUAAGCUUCCUGUUUACUUGAACAGUUGGCCUCCUCUCCCGUGAAUUAAGGGAAAAGCACAAGAUGGGCUUCUCACAGAUGGAGCUCCCUUGAAAGGUAUCUUAACAGUGGAACCAUCUCAGCCUCUGGCCAAGUGGACAUUUACUCCCUUGUUAAGUGUUUUUAUCAGCGCCUUUCUUACUCCAGGAAUUUGAGAGCAUUUUCAAAACUGACGGAUUUUGAUGCAGCUCUGCAGAGUUCCACGAAGGUCUAUCUAUGACUUCCGGAGUGGCCAAACGUUGGGUUUUUUCAUCUCAGGUCGGGCCCGGAUCUGCUGAGAGGAGUCAUAUUUCUGCAGUGUUGGUUUGUUCAUUCAUGCCAGAAAUAUGAUUUUUAAGCGUGACUAAAGACUGCACUUUACAACUCCCUAGGCGAUGCACGCGAUGAUGAUUUAGAGCGUUAUUCACGCGUAAUUCCUCCAGGUAGUUGGCCCCGACUUAUGCAAAGAUUGUGUUCUAAGCAGAUAUGGAGACGAGGUCACAGUUUCCCAACGGCGGCCAGGAGCCACCUCGUUUCGUUUUCCAGGUUAAAGGAACUGACACAGAGCAGCUGGAAGCUGCAAGGAGUUGGGGACGUGGGCGCAGCUGGGCUUGCGGGGGGCGCGCAGCCCUCGGCGACGCCUCUGUAUUGAUCUCAAUAAAUCUCCCGAUUGUU